CCUCUUUCAGGUGUAGGUGUAGUGCUGCUGGAGUGCAUCCAAACUGUGCUCUGCCAUUUGUUUUCAUGCUGCAGGAAAGGAGUCUCAGAGUAAAGCAGAGCUUCAGCUCCCUUUCUGGUCAGCAGGAAACUAUUUGAGUCUCCAGGCUGAAUCCACCUGUGGAUCCUGUGCUGCUGAGAGAGCUCAAAAAGAGAAAAAGGCACACCUGAGUAGCUUGGACAGAUUUGGGCUGAAGAACACCUGAAGAGCUGAAGCUUGACUACACAGAAGUCUCGGUUAGCAUUUUAUAAAGAAAGAAAGAUUAACAGUACAUUCAAUAAUUAACAUAUAUCAAAACAGGAAAUGCUCAGUUUUCUCAAAGGAGACAAUAGCCCCAAGAGGCUUUCAGAUGCUGUUAAAAAAAUCAGCAAACUACUAAAAUCAGAUUCAGGAUCUCUGCCAGUUUAUCUGAUUCCUCUGGAAAAGGACAAAGAAUUCACUGUAACUGGAUGCAGGAGUUUCAGUUUUGGGAAAGAGUCCAGUAAACCCAGUCGCACUAUAAUGGUUCUUGGAGCAACUGGUGCUGGGAAGUCAACUCUCAUCAAUGGGAUGAUCAAUUACAUUGUAGGUGUUAAAUGGGAGGAUUACUAUCGCUUUAAGUUAGUUGAUGAGGAUCACUCAAAAUCACAAGCUCACAGUCAGACCUCUGAAGUUACUGUGUACAAAAUCCACCACCAGGAGGAUUUUACAAUCCCGUUCUCUCUGACCAUUGUGGACACUCCAGGAUUUGGAGAUACGAGAGGCAUAGAAAGAGACAGAGAGAUUGUAGAACAGCUCCGUCGACUCUUCUCUGCUCAGCACGGUGUCAGUGUCAUUGAUGCUGUGUGUUUUGUCGCUCAGGCUUCUUUAGCACGACUCACUCCAACACAGAAAUAUGUGUUUGAUUCAGUGCUCUCGAUCUUUGGCAAAGAUGUGGCAGAAAACAUCAGGAUUCUGGUGACAUUUGCAGACGGUCAGAGACCUCCAGUUCUAGAGGCGAUCAAUGCUGCAGGAGUCCCAUGUCCUAAAACCAAAAAUGGGCUGCCAGUUCACUUCAAAUUCAAUAAUUCAGCUCUGUUUGCAAACAACAAAUCACCUGAAGCUGAUAGCCUGAAUGAUGAUGAUGAAGGCGCCUUUGAUAAGAUGUUUUGGGAGAUGGGGAAAAAAAGCAUGAAGAGCUUUUUUGCUGCUCUGAAUGUCAUAGAAACAAAAAGUUUGACAAUGACAAAGGAGGUCCUCAGAGAAAGAAAUCAGCUCGAAAAUUCAGUGGAGAAUCUGCAGGUACAGGUAAAACUUGGAUUAGCCAAGAUGGAGGAGAUAAAAGAGACGGGUGACAAACUUAAAGAACAUGAAGCAGAGAUCAGCAGAAACGAGAACUUUGAGUUUGAAGUUAUGGUCAAAAAACCUGUUCAGGAGGAUAUUUCCCACAGUGGAGACUUCAUCACCAACUGUCAGCAGUGUAAUGUCACCUGUCACUACCCCUGUGGCAUACCAAAUGAUGCAGAAAAAAUUUACUGUGCAGCAAUAGGACCAGAUGGAUGCUGUACAGAGUGUCCAGGCAAAUGUAUCUGGAGUGUACAUUAUAAUCAGAAGUAUAAAUGGGGAUAUGAAGACGUCAAAGAAAAAAGAACAAUAAAAGAACUGGAAGAAAAGUAUCAGAUAGCCAAAGGAGAGAAGAUGACUGUUCAGAAAAUGGUUGAUAAACUGAAGGAAGAGUAUAAACGUUUGCAGGAUGAGGUGGUGAAACUGAUGCAGAGAUCUGCAGACUGUCUGAACAGGCUCAAAGAGAUCGCACUGAAGCCAAACCCUCUGUCCACUCCAGAGUACAUCGACAUGCUCAUUGAAGGAGAGAAACAUGAGGCCAAACCAGGCUGGAAGGAACGAGUUCAGGCUCUGAUGGAGAUGAAAGCAAAAGCAGAGAUCAUGGCUAAAGUGGAGAAAGGAGAGAAACUCCUCCAUCACCAACAAUCAUUUAAUGUUAAACCUUAGCCAUAAAUCAUACUGAGUCAGACAAUGAUAGAGGGCAGAGUUACAGCAAUAAUUUCAACACUGAAAAAAAAAAAGUUUGUUCAAUUUACUUGAUUGUAUUAUGUACAUCGGUCCCACACAAUGCGAAUAAGUAAAACUGACUUAAUUUCCCUAUUUCCCUCAAGCACGUACUGCUUGUCAAAUCAACAUAUUUAAUUUACAUAAGAUUACUUUAAAAAAUUAUGUUGAACAUACAAACUUUUUAUCUGUUACCACAAUGCAAAUAUAUUAUGUGGUAUCAAUAUCUUUUUUUUUAUGUCUCAGCAACAAUAUUUUGAUGGAUAACACCAACUUAUGUUUGAUUGCCAGAUUACUUAAUGGAAUUGUGUAAUGUAAAGGCUAUGUAAUCAUGUUCCUGGAACACAUGUUACAGCUUUAAUUUCUACUUAAUUUUUUCAAAUUAACUUUAUAAAAAUGCAUACCUUAAUGGGAAAAACUAAAAUUAAAUAUAAACUGAUCUCUGACCAAAAAAGGCAAAGAAUACAAGUGCUGCUGAACAGUUCACCUUUAUUAAACAGAAGUAAAAGCAGAGAGCUGCUAUGAACAAUCCAAAAAUUACAGCCACAAAACCUUUUACACCUUUUGGGGAUUUUAGAGUGCAAAUACAACUGGAAAAACAAUUUAAAACAUUUGUAAACAUUUUACAAAAUAAAAAGGGCCUAUAAAUGAUCCCACCAUCUCUUACAUGUAAAUGUUGUGUUAAACAUUUGUAAAAUUAAAAGGAACAAAACUAAACUAAACCUUACCUGAAAAAAGCAAAAAACUUUUGAAUAAACAGGUUUAAUGAUGCAUAACUUGUUUUGUAUUUAAGAUUUCUAAAAUUCCUGUUGCACUGAAUUUUAAAAGCAAGAAACAAAGCAACAAUCUGCUAUGAAUGUCUGUGACUGUCACAAGCAUAGAACAUGUGUACCAUUUAAAAGAAUUUAAUCUCAAACUGAAAUAUCACAUGGUCAUAAGUAUUCAGACCUUUUGCUGUUCACAGAGCUCUGUGUCCAAGCACAUUAAUAGAGAGGCGAAGGGAAGGAAAAGAUGUGGGAGAAAAAAGUGUACAACAA